CGCGAGCAAACGAAAAAAAAAGAGGAGAAAAGGAGAUAAAAAAAAGAAUAAAAAAAAGGCGGGGGUUCGCGAAAAAAAAAAUCGCGUUUGGAGUGGACCAUUUUAAAGCGCCGCGCGAUAACGCGAUUCUCACCUGCGAAAAUCCUCCGGCCACGCUCCGACGAGACGAGCUCCCGCUUCCCGGCGCCGCCGCCGCCGCUCCGGCCGAAUUCGGUGGCGCUCUCUUCAUCUCUCCCCGCCGCUCCGGCGUGCUGAAAGGUCAAUCUCGUCGACUGCUGCUGCUCGUGCUUGACCUCCGCCGUGCUCGGCUUGCCCCGUGACGACGAAGGAGAGGGAGACGGAGACGGAGACGGAGACCUGAGUCCAAUGGCGGAGUGAGAGCUUUGGUGGUGGUGGUGGUGGUGCGCCGCCGCGAUGGGCUGCGUCGCGUCGAAGAACGCGGUGUCGGUGACGCCGGCGGCCGACUCGUCGGGGGCGCUGCGGGAGAGGAGCCUGCCGCGGGCGCCGGAGGCCGCGGCGACGGUGGUGUCCGUCACCGCGUCCUCCCUGCGCUGCUCCUCGGCUGCGGCGGCGGGUAGGAGGUCGGAGAAGAAGAGGGACGAGGCGGCGGUGGCGGCGGCGGGGGAGGAGCCGUCGGAGAAGGCCGUCAUCGCGGCGGCGACCGCGUCCCGGAGCUUCCGGCUGCGGAGCCUCCGCCGGAGCCUGGAGGGGGAGCAGGUGGCCGCCGGGUGGCCGCCGUGGCUCAGCGCCGUCGCCGGGGAGGCCAUCCAGGGGUGGAUCCCUCUCAAGGCUGACUCCUUCGAGAAGCUGGAGAAGGUUGGGCAAGGCACCUAUAGCAGUGUAUUUAGGGCACGGGAACUUGAUACUGGAAAGAUUGUCGCCUUGAAGAAGGUGCGGUUUGACAAUUUUGAGCCAGAAAGUGUUAGAUUCAUGGCAAGGGAGAUACAAAUAUUGAGAAGGCUCGAUCAUCCAAAUGUUAUGAAGCUAGAAGGUUUGAUUACUUCUCGGCUAUCAUGCAGUCUCUAUCUAGUAUUUGAAUACAUGGAGCAUGAUCUUGCUGGACUUUCUUCCUCCCCUGACAUCAAGUUUAGUGAAGCACAGGUCAAGUGCUACAUGAACCAGUUACUGUCAGGACUGGAGCAUUGCCAUUCACGUCGUAUUGUACAUCGCGACAUCAAGGGUGCCAAUCUCCUUGUGAAUAAUGAAGGGGUUCUAAAAAUAGCUGAUUUUGGCCUUGCUAAUUACUUUGACCCCAACAAAAACCAUCCGCUGACCAGCCGUGUCGUUACUCUGUGGUAUCGACCACCUGAACUGCUACUAGGUUCAACUCACUAUGAUGCAGCUGUUGAUUUGUGGAGUGCUGGGUGUGUAUUUGCUGAAAUGUUCCGUGGGAAACCUAUCCUGCAGGGAAGAACUGAGGUGGAGCAACUGCAUAAGAUUUUUAAGCUAUGUGGUUCCCCUGCUGAUGAGUACUGGAAGAAGUCAAAGUUGCCUCAUGCGACAAUAUUCAAACCACAUUGUCCUUAUCAAAGUACCCUUCAAGAUGUUUUUAAAGAAAUGCCAGCAAAUGCAUUGAGAUUACUAGAAACUCUUCUAUCAGUGGAGCCCUACAAACGUGGUACUGCAUCUGCUGCUCUUACAUCUGAGUUUUUCAAGACAAAGCCUUACGCAUGUGAUCCCUCAAGCCUGCCGAAGUAUGCACCCAACAAGGAGAUGGAUGCAAAAUUACGAGAAGAUUCACACAGACGAAAGGCUAGCAGAGGUCAUGGGCCAGAAGCAUCAAGGAAAUCAAGGCUCAGCAGAGCUGCAAGAGAAACAACUACAGUUAAUAAGCAAACUGAUGGCAAAGAGGAGUCCAAAACUAAAGCAAAUGGAACCAAGGACAACUCAAUAUUGGAUCGUACAAAGGUAAAUGGUGAUGCUAGGUUAUUUUCAGACAUACAGCCAGUUUCAGUGGCCCAAGUCAAAGAAAGGUCUCGCCAUGUUAAGAAUGAUUCACGAGAAGAGAUCCCUUUCUCUGGACCAUUGAUUGUUUCAUCAUCUAGUGGCUUUGCUUGGGCUAAAAAACCACCAGAAGAUCGUUCAUUCGCUAGAUCUCGGACCAAAUCUAGUUCAAGGGGCCAAUUUACUGCUGAGUUAGAUCAGGACAAUAAGAUGCCAGCUAAAGAGAACCAGAACCUCGGCUUGAAGGAACAACCUAACAGAGACAUGCAUAUAGCACGUGCCAACUCCAAAGUUCGAGAGCCUCAUGAUGCAGCAAAGCGUGCCGUUCUGAAGAAAUGGUCACAGUUAGGACGUCCAGAUUCCUUUGAUUCUUACGACACUUACCACUCUCAGAAUUUUUCUAAUGCAAUGUAUCUUGGGGAUACCCUCUCGUCAAAAAACAGCAUCAAGGGUGAUCAUGAUCAAGGAGAGAGGGUUGAAUAUUCUGGCCCUUUGUUAUCUCAGUCACACAAGGUUGAUGAACUAUUAGAGAAACAUGAGCGCCACAUCCGGCAAGUAGUUCGGAAAUCAUGGUUCAGUAGAGGAAAAAAAUAAUACAAGUGAGGAAAAGACUGGCCAUUUUUGCGUUGGAGAAGCGGCAUCUAGGUAUAUAGCAGUGAAGGGGAUAUGUCAGUUUCUGGUGUCUUCUGUCAACCGGAAACUCGCCUUUGGUGGUAACAUUGUUGAUAAGAUUAAGACCCAACUGAAAACAUUAUAUGAUUCUCAUAUCAUAGUAAAAUCAAAACUGUGCCUCGCUGCUUCUACUAGAUAAUAACUUGUCGCUUGUUGUAGAUUCCCCAAAGACUCCUGUGUCACACCAUAGAAUGGAAUGGUGUUUUUUUUUUUCUCCUCUCCACCUUGUGCCUAGGAAUAACAGCUGACGAGAGUGGUUAAUUCGAGUGAUCAUUGUGUUGAACCAAUCAGUUAUUAUUUGUGUAGCUGAACCAAUAACCACCACAGAAUGGUGCAGUUCUUGUAAAGCUAACCUCUGUAAAAAGUAGAACAGAAAACGUAUUAUCCCAUCGAUGUAUCCCUUGCUGGUGAUGAACUAAUGAUCCAACCAGUUAAUGGAAAA